AACCGUGUGAAGCUAGCUAGAUAGUUAGCUUUUCAUAGCCAACUAACGUAAUGUAGUAAACGAAUAAUGUUUUUUAGAAUGUGCUUUAAUCCUUCAUUUAACAUACCGGUAGAAGUUAUGUAUUCAUAUAUUGUGGGAUGAGGCUAAGUUGUCUAGCUAACGCGAACGUUAUAGUAACGCGUCGCUAGCUAGCUAGGCACGUCCGUUUCCAAACGUGUCUAGCCAGCUGUUCGACUUUGAUAGCUAGCUAGUUACUAAACUUAUACGAUGUGUGAAAUCGCUAAGGUUACGUUACUAGCUUGGGUUCCUUUCUUUGCAAGCUAGCUAGCUAAAGUUAACAAGAUCGUAUGCCAGCCAUGGCCAAUCCUGACUUAACUAACGCGUUAGCUAACUAAGUUAGCUAGUUAGCUUGGUACUGUUAACGUUGCUUCUUCUCUGCUGUUUUCAUCCACCAAACAGACGACAGUAAUGGGAGCACCUUAAACGCACCAGGAGCAAGAAGGAGAUAGAGUGGAAAUGAUGAUGGUGUUGCCUGUGUGGGGCCUCACACUCCCUCUUCCCGCUGUACUGAUGAUUGUUGUUGGUCUUUACAUGAUUUUCCUUGCAAUGGCAUUAUGGUUCCGCCAAUGCCUCAAGGAACAGUGUUCUCCUGAGUGUGGUGACUGCUGUCCAAAUAUCGCCCCAUUUGAUUACUGUUUAGCAUGUGCAGAGUCGUGCAACUGUCGCAUGCCAUCACUGCGCUCGUGCCUUGACCAGACCUGCCCCUCUACCUGCCCCUCUCUUCCUAAUUGUAACAUGUGGGACUGUGCUUGCACCUGCCAACCCCCAGCAUGUGAGUCCUUCAACUGCCUCUGCUUCGAGAUCAAGUUCAGAUAGAGGGAGAAACAGAGGCGUGGUAGGAUGAAUGAUGAAUCCUAACUCAAGAUGCACAGCAUGUUUGCAUAUUCACACAUUGAUGUUAAUGGACAAUUUGUGCAAGAGGAAGGAGUUAUCCAUUUAUCCCUAGAGAAAUGGAAAGGGAAGACUGGGGGUGGGUUACUGUGUUUAUGUAUCAAUAUGAAAAUACAAUCUGAAUCCUUCUAACACACAGCCUUAAAGUGAAAAUCUACAACCAGUUUAUGGAUAGUUGUGCCAUAUGUGUCCAAGGGAGAACAACAUUAUCAGAGUGCUAUUACAAUAUAGGGCAUCUACUUUCAUUACAGCACAAGUACAAUUCUGUGCCUCUGCAGCAAUCCAAUACACUCAUUGUACAAAACAGUAAGCUCACCUGCCUAAUAUCGAGUUACACCCCCCCCCCCCUCCUCCCCUUUUGCCCUCAGAAAACCCUAAAUUCGUCAGGGCAUGGUCUCUAUAUGGUGUCAAAAUCGUUCCACAGGGAUGCUGGCCCAUGUUGACUCCAAUGCUUCCCACAGAUUGUGUCAAGUUGGCUGGAUGUCCUUUGGGUGGUGGACCAUUCUUGAUGCACACAGGAAACUGUUAAGCAUGAAAAACCCAGCAUUGUUAGAGAUCUUGACACAAACUGGUGCGCCUGGCAUCUACUACCAUACCCUGUUCAAAGGUAGUUCAAUCUUUUGUCUUGCCCAUUUACCCUCUGAAUGGCACACACAAUUAACGUCUCAAUUGUCUCGAAGCUUAAACAUCCUUAUUCAACCUGUCUUGAACCCUUGAUAUACACUCAUUUGAAGUGGAUUUAACAAGUGACAUCAAUAAGUGAUCAUAGCUUUCACCUGGAUUCACCUGGUCAGUUUAUGUCAUGGAAAGAGCAGGUGUCCUUAAUGUUUUGUACACUUGUAGCUGAUGUAAUACUUCCAUGAUGGUUUUAACUGUUCCUUAAUUCAUUAAUCAGUUAUUUUUUUUAUCACAUUUACACUCAAGUUGUUACACAUUACAUAUGUAUAUACUGUAGCUUUGACGCUGUGGACUUGUACUUUUUAAGUUAUUGACCAAUGUCAAUUAAAGAUUACUAUUUUUAAACGUG